AUGAGGGACUACUUUGCCAUAGAGAGAUCAAAUAAGAUUGAGCUCAUCUUGAGACUCUACAUGGAGAAGUUAAUUCCUAGCUAGAAGUUCAUAUUUGAAAUAUUCUUAAUUUAGCCUACAAAUAAGUAAAAAUAUUUCAGGAUAGGGCUAUAGCAACGAGAAAAGGAUGUUAGUAAUCUUGCUAAGCUAAUUGUAGCAGUCAAAAGUACUUUCUGA